AUGGAGGUCCUUGGACGAUUGAUAGGGCAUGGUAUACUCCAGUCUUUCAUUGGAUUUCCUUGCUUUGCCCCUCCAGUGUACUGGUAUAUUGCGACAGGUGAUGUCCAUAAAGCUCUGUGCUAUGUUACAGUUGAUGAUGUUAGGGAUGAAGAGGCAAGAGAGUUCAUAGAGAAGGUACUACUCCAAAAACCAGCGUGUAAGAUCCUUAAUUAAUUGUAGGCAAUGUAGGCUGAAUAGGUUCUUGGUUAAAUUUUAAAUUUUUAUGACGGAACUGAAUACUGCUUCCAUUACCCACAGAAAAAUAAAUUAACUUGGGUUCCAUUUAUAAGUAUACAGUUAAGUCAAACUCCUUGUUACAGUAUUCAUCAUAAUUUUACUGUAACUCACAUGUGAGAACUUGCUUGAUCUUGCUUGGCUAAACAGGUUCUUAUAUUUUGGGGCAUCAAAAUUGGAAAUUUCUUCCAGCAGGUUCUUAAACCGCUAGGUUCUUACACACAGGUCUUUAGUUUUUAAAGUAAUGUCAAUAGUAGGAAAUACAGGGAAACAUGUUAAUCUACAGUAUAAAUUCUUUAUAUCCUAUAGUUGUCUGGUGCAACCUCACCUGAACUCCAAGAGUUAAGGCAAGACUCAAAUUUCAUUUCCUUGUGUAAUGAAUGUGGCAUCUCAACAUUGCUGUCAGUAUGUGAAACUAGCAAAUAGAAAAUAGUACCUCCUAUUUUUUCCUUAUUGUAUUAUUUGUAUAGGUUAUCUCUUUUCAUAUCCACACUUGGAAAUGUUGACAAAAGUCAGUGUUUCCUAAUAAAUUUAAAGUUAAUUACCUGUCAAACUCAACAUGCCCUUCCCCUUUCUCUAUUCCUGUGUGACUGUAGUGGUUAAAGCAAAGACUAUCGGUAUGUUAUGACCUAUUUAUUGUUAUACAAUUUAUUGUUGUAGAAUAUAUGCCACCCUUGUUGUCCUUAUUUGUUAAUGAUUUAGAAUCUGGUUUUAAAAGUUUGGAGAGUAGCCCACCCACAAAUGGAAUUUGCGAUGAUAGAUAGUAAAGCCAUUCCAUUUGUAUUGUUAUGGUUUGCUAGGAUGACAACAGAAACCUGAUACUGCAGUCACUUCUCUUACACUAUGUACUCAACCGGAAAAAAGUGUUGCUGGACCAAUUGCGUUCUGGGCUAAAGAGUUCCAAAGUCCUACAUGCUAUUGAGAAGAAUCCAACACUGUUUGAGACUCUUUUUGUGCACAGUGCUACGAGAUUAGAUGCUACAGCUAUUAAGGAUCUCUUGAAGCCAAAGAGUCCACUUUCCUCUGAUGAACAUCGCCAAAUAUGGGGUUACCUUUUCCAGUUUAUAGAUGAAUGCAAUGAGACAGGUAAGAAAGAUGUGAUUUUUUUCUGGGAUUUCUUGUAUUUUUUCUCUGUUUUUAAAAAAGGUAAAAGUGAAGUCUGCAUAUGAACAUAGUGGCCCCUCAGGCUGGAGCUUAUCCCUGUUUCUGUAGCAUGAAGCGACUAGCUAGGAGUAUUUUUACUCCCCCAAGGGCUCAAACCUGGACCGCUUGAUCUGGAGAUGACUGCACUAACCAUUAGGCCACUGCACUCCCACACUUUCUUUCUGCAUGGGUGUAUUCUCCCAUCAGAUACGUUUUAAAGAAAUGAGUGCAAUAUUGGUCCUAUUUAGUAUCCCUAGGUUGUUUUCGUUGGCUAAGUAAAUACGCUAAAGAAAAGUUUUUAUCUUAUCUCAUCUGGUCUCAUCUUAUAUAGUUCUGAUAUAAAGUUGGUGUCAAAGACUAUAUCUCUGUUUUAACCAAUAAAACCUUAUGACCAAAAUGCUGUAAUUUUCAUUUCAAAGACUUAAGAUUGCUACUGUUUGUUAAAAUGGAGGAAAACAGAAGUCCAAUUUCCUUUGCAGAUCUGAAGUCAUUCAUGCCAUUUCUUACUGGCUGUGAGUCCAUUCCUGCAGCAGGAAUAGAGGGAGGAAAAAUCACGGUUUCAUUCAACAAGGAUGGAACAGUAUUUUCAUCUGCUUGUUUGCAUCAGCUUGAACUACCUGGACGAGCUGAUUCAUACUCAGAGUUCCAAACAACGCUGAAAGCUGUUAUUGAUGACUCAUUUUGUUGGAAGUCUUUUAGU